AUGUCCCAAGCGGUCUGGAGUCCCUCUCGGACUCAGAAUCUGAAUGCAGUGAAGCUGAGGAGGGCUGAGGUGGUACCUUUCAUGGUUCCCAGCGAGAGUGACAAAACCCUGUCGGAGGGCAGGACGGGGUGUUCCGGGAAAGGCGCCCCGAGCCCUGACUUCCCACCGUGGCCCCGCACCCUGUCCUGUGCCAAGGGAACCCUGGCUGUCAGCUCGCCGCGACACUUUCUCCUGCUGCACCCCGGGGCCCGUGCCCCUGCGACGCUGCUGCAGCCCGGGCUUGCAGAGUGCAGCGUGCUGGGGAAGUGGCCCCCCGCGCGGGGCCGGGGCGUGUGCGGGGAGGGUGGGCCUCGGCCACGGACUCUGCGGUGGGUGACCGCGGCGGCCCCGCAUCGUUCUCUGUCCGCAGCCUUCUCCCGCUUUGGCCUCCUGUACGCGGUGCGCGUCUUCGCCAACGCUGCGGCCGCCCAGCAGGGUUCCUACGCCAUGGUCAAGUUUUAUUCUGCGCGCGCUGCUCACUCAGCCCAAGGGGCCUGCGGCCGGCAGCCGCUCUUCCAGUCCUCUCCGCUGAAGAUUCGUCUCAGCAGACAUAAAGCAGUUCAACAUCGUGCCCUUGCCCUAAACAGCUCCCAAUGCCAGGAACUGGCAAGCUACUAUUUUGGUUUCAAUGGAUGGUCUGAAAGGAUUGUCAGGCUUCAGGAUCUUUCUGACCUCGAAGAAAGGGAAAAUGAAGAUAUUGUGGCACCACUUCAGAAGCAAAGCAUGAAGAUCUUCUGUGCUUUAGAGGUGGUAUUGUCACCCUUUGAUUGCAAGAGCCCUGGAGUUGGCAUAGCCAAGGAGACUUUGGAUAAACUGGAAGAAAGUGGUAAAAUACCUGUGGAAUAUAGGCCUUUUGAGGAGCUGACUGAUGCCAGAACUACAUGA